AUGCUUUUUCGAGAGGACGAUCGCCUUGUCUUCAAAUACGAUGCUGAGCAGGUUUGGAUUGAACCAUGGGGUCCGAAUGCCCUACGACUGCGGGCUACGAAAAUGGCCUCUAUGCCAAACGAAGACUGGGCUCUGCUGAAAGCCGAAAGAUCGGAUCCUACAAUCGAGAUUGGGAAAGAUUCAGGAAUGAUAUCAAAUGGCAAUAUCAAAGCAACCAUCACCAAGCGUGGAAAGCUGACUAUCAGCAACGAGAAUGGAAAGAUUUUGCUUGAAGAAUACGCACGGCAUCGGCGCGAUGUCGUCGAUCCCAAAUGCAGUGCCUUGGAAGUCGAGGCGCGCGAGUUCAAGCCAAUAAUUGGUGGAAACUACUAUCUAACUGCUCGUUUCGAGAGCUUAGAUCCGAAAGAAAAGAUCUUUGGCAUGGGUCAAUAUCAGCAACCAUAUCUCGAUGUGAAAGGUACUCAACUAGAGCUGGCGCAUCGAAAUUCGCAAGCUAGCGUGCCUUUCGCUGUCUCCUCGCGUGGUUACGGCUUUCUUUGGAACAAUCCUUCCAUCGGCAAUGCGAUUUUCGGUAAAAACAUCAUGAGCUUUGAAGCACAGUCAACGCAGACCCUUGACUACUGGGUCGUUGCUGGUGACACGCCAGCUCAGAUCGUAGAAUCUUACGCCAACGCCACAGGCAAGGUUCCCAUGAUGCCGGAAUACGGCCUCGGGUUUUGGCAGUGUAAACUACGCUACCAAACCCAAGAAGAGCUUCUCCAGGUAGCUCGAGAGUACAAACGCAAAGAACUGCCAAUCAACCUCAUUGUCAUCGACUUCUUCCACUGGCCCUUGCAAGGUGACUGGAGGUUUGACGAGACAUAUUGGCCCAACCCUGAUGCUAUGAUCCAAGAGCUGACAAGCUUGGGUAUCGAGCUUAUGGUGUCUAUUUGGCCCACGGUAGAUAAACGUUCAGAGAAUUUCGAAGAAAUGCUGGAGAAAGGAUAUCUGAUUCGUACAGAGCGAGGUGUUCGUGUUGCUAUGACUUUUCAGGGACAAACAGUUCACUUUGAUCCUACGAAUCCAGGGGCCCGAGAGUAUAUUUGGGAGAAAGCUCGGAAAAAUUACUUCUCAAAAGGUAUCAAAGUGUUUUGGCUUGACGAGGCGGAACCUGAAUACCGUGUAUAUGAUUUCGAGAACUAUCGCUAUCAUCGAGGGCCAAACAUUGCUAUCGGGAACAUCUAUCCUGUCGAAUACGCGCGAGCAUUUUACGAAGGUCAGACUAAUGAAGGGCAGCAGAACGUUGUCAACCUCAUUCGUUGCGCGUGGGCUGGAAGUCAGAAGUACGGUGCUUUAGUCUGGAGCGGCGACAUCGCGUCAUCUUGGUCGACAUUGCGAAAUCAAUUGGCUGCUGGGCUUAACAUGGGCAUGUCAGGACUCCCUUGGUGGACAACUGACAUCGGGGGUUUCCACGGAGGGGAUCCCAAUGAGCCAAAAUUCCGCGAGCUGUUCGUGCGGUGGUUUCAGUGGGGUACGUUCUGUCCGGUCAUGCGAUUGCAUGGUGACCGCGAGCCUCGCCAGCCAAAGGUUGGUUCUACCGGGGGUGCGAGCUGUCGCAGCGGUGCAGACAACGAAGUGUGGUCGUACGGACCAGAGGUUUACGAGAUUUGCAAGAGAUAUAUGGGGAUCCGCGAGAAUCUCCGUGCGUACACGCGGAAGCUCAUGGCAGAAGCGCACGAAAAGGGAUCUCCUGUGAUGAGGACGGUAUUUUACGAGUUUCCUGAGGAUUCUGUCUGUUGGGACAUCGAAGAACAGUACAUGUUUGGCGACAAGUAUAUGUGCUGUCCAGUUCUCGAAGCAGGUCAAGAUGCCAUGACCGUGUAUUUGCCUCAAGCGAAUGGUGGCAGCAGGUGGAAAUCGUUCUGGGGGGCAGAGGAGUGGGAGGGAGGAAUCACAGUUGAUGUAGCAUGUCCACUAGGCAUAAUGCCUGUUUUCGAACGGCUUUGA